UGCUUGGUUUACGAUCAUGCGAAACUGUCGGUGUUCAAGCAACAGUUUCCUGCCGUCGCCGUUGGAGCACGGAUCGGUGUAGAACGGCGGAGGCUGGCAUUUACGAGUGGUAUGUGGUUGGUGCGUCAUGUCCUUUCGGAAGGGACUCAGUCGGAGCAGCACUUACGACAACAGCAGCAGCGACACUGAGGACGCCUCCCCAGAGGACCGUGCGCAGACGAGACGUGACUCCGACAGCUUCUCCGGCAGCGGUGGCGCCAAGCUCAAGCCGUGCCUGGUGAGCAAGCUGGACGACGAGGACGGAAGGCGGGAGAGUGCAGCAGCUCGAAUCAAGUCUCGACGGGGCCAGCUUCUGUCCAGUAGCCAAUCGGCCAGCGUGGGCCACGGGUGCAGCUCUUCAGGCAGCGGUUCCAGCUCGACCGAGAGCAGCGGCGUGCCCUGCCUCGGGGCUUCGACCUCGGGCGGCGUGAUGGCGACGAGCGGCCACGGUGACUGCCUGCCGGCGGCCACUGCGUCCAUGUCGGCACUCUCGCUGGCCACGGGCUCGGACGAGCGUGUCACCCUCAUCGUGGACAACACGCGGUUCGUCGUCGACCCCGCACUGUUCGCGCUGCAGCCAGACACCAUGCUUGGACGCAUGUUUGGCUCAUCACUCGAGAACAACAUCACUAGGCCCAAUGAGCGGGGAGAGUACGAGGUGGCUGAAGGCUUGUCUGCAACCGUCUUCAGAGCCAUACUGGACUACUACAAGACCGGCGUCAUUUACUGCCCUCCAAGUGUUACGGUGCCUGAACUGCGAGAAGCGUGUGACUAUCUUCUCAUCCCGUUUGAUGCCCAAACUGUCAAGUGCCACAACCUCAGAGGCCUUCUUCACGAGCUCUCCAAUGAGGGAGCUCGCCAGCAGUUUGAAAAGUUCCUUGAAGACCUAAUUGUCUGCAGAAUGGUCAAUGCUGCUCAGAGAGGUGACCGGGAGUGUCACAUAGUGGUUCUCUUGGAUGAUGACACAGUUGACUGGGAUGAAGAGUACCCACCACAGACUGGUGAAGAACACUCGCAAAUCAUCCACAGCACAGCCAUGUACCGUUUUUUCAAGUACAUAGAGAAUCGGGACGUUGCCAAGCAGGUGCUCAAGGAGCGCGGCCUUAAAAAAAUUAGGCUUGGCAUUGAAGGCUACCCAACCCACAAGGAGAAAGUCAAGCGUCGGCCGGGUGGGCGGGCUGAGGUGAUCUACAACUACGUGCAGCGUCCCUUCCUGCGCAUGUCCUGGGAGAAGGAAGAGGCCAAGAGCCGGCACGUCGACUUCCAGUGUGUCAAGAGCAAGUCCGUCACGAAUCUUGCCUCUGCCACCGAUGGGUCUCCCCCAGUUGCCAACUCUGCGGCCAUACACCAGGCAGCAAUCGCUGCUGGAGUUGUGGGCGGUGGUGCGGUCGGCGGCUUAGCUGCAAAUGCGCCCGUCGUCGUUCACGUGCUUCAGCAGGAGCUCGGCGCCGUCGGCGGAGCCGAGGAGCCGCUCGCUCAGCCGCAGGAGGAAGUGGUGCUGCUGCCUAAGGAGUCUUAUCCAACGGUGCUCUUUCCACCAGACGACCUGCCAUAGUGCCGCCGCGCGCUCGUUUUCCCCCCGCUGGGAAGAACAUUGCAUUUGUGGAGGAGUGGUGCACCUCGGGUUUUUUUAGUGCCAGGACACGGUUUUCGUGCACGCGUGAAACAGCACAAAUGCAGAUGCCUAACCAUCUGGUGGACUCGGCAAGGCACUGCGCUGCAGCACUUUGAUUCGCUUAUUUUUUACCGCCAGCAAGGAUGUGAGUGCUGAGCCAGAAUGUUCAAUGCUGUUAGCUGCUGCUUCUGGUUCAUUUUCUUGUCUCAGGCAACUCGCACAGUUGAGUGUUGCAGUCAGGAAGGCCUUAUGUAAAGAUGAAAAAGCCAUGUAGUAUAUCUUGUGCUGAAGCUUUACGUAAGCAUAACAUUGCGAUACAGAUCAUCUGAUGACCAAGGGCCCCAUUGCGUGGCUGUUGGAGUGAAAAGGUCUUUGGUUGCACACUCUCAGAUGUGGCUGACAUGUAAAGGCUUACUUCUGUGCUUUUUUCAUCGUAUCUUGUAUUACCAUCCCAAAGUUGUGCAAGCAGCAGUGAGGAGUUACGUGUAAACAUGGAGUGAGGCCUUGUGGAACAUCUUGCGUAGCUGCGGCACCGACCUCUUGCAUUGGCUUCCUUUGUUCCAAGUUGUCCUGAUUUAACCCUGAACUUUUGGACAUAAGGUGAAACGCAAGUUGCAUAAGCGAUUCUGUGCAGCUUCAGUUGUCCUUUUUUGCAUGCGUGCAUCUUUUCUUGAAGCGUGCCGCAACCUCGGUAAGGUGCAGUGUCUCGAAGAAGUGACAGUUCUGGAUGUGGACUGACUUCUGCAAUGAAUUUCAGGUCAGCUAAAGUGUACGACCCAAGUUCCAGUUUUUCACUCCAAAAUUAUUUUACUUGAGCAGUGGCGCCUCUUGAAGUGCUUUGCAUGGCUACUACGUGCUGUUGGCAUAUUUUCCUCAUUCCUGGCAACAACCGAGAAGAAAGCACCACAUUGUCGAGGAAGUUACAGCAGUGCCUCUGAGUGGACUUAAAACUCAUGUGUUCAUCCCAACGUGCCUCUCUGUUCAUUGUAGUAACACAAAGAUGGAACCACCCUUGACGUGUGGUGUAGUUACUUUGUGCACUUGAAAACUUGUCAACAGAAUGGGGAAGAGUUCUUUUCCGUCCCACACGCGGGCACAUACUUUUGCGAGCCUAAGUUGGUGUUUAAUAAAAACAGUUGGUGCGCCUUG